ACCCACGCGCCGCUGGCCGCAAGCUGCCAGGGGCAGUGCCAGUGCGGCCGUUAUCCGCUCGCUCAGGGACCAACGGGUGACUGAGCGGGGCUCAUGGCCGUGUCGGACCGGAUGGUGCUGGGGCCACUGGUGGGCUCUAUCGAUCAGGGUACCAGCUCCACUCGCUUCCUGGUUUUUAAUGCAAAGACAGCAGAGCUCUUGAGUCACCAUCAAGUUGAAAUACAACAGGAAUUCCCUAAAGAAGGAUGGGUGGAACAAGAUCCAAAGGAAAUAUUAAGGUCUGUUCAUGAAUGUAUGGAAAGGACCUGUGAGAAACUGCAACAACUGAACAUAGACAUCACUAACAUCAAAGCCAUUGGAGUCAGCAAUCAGAGAGAAACAACAGUGGUUUGGGACAAGACAACUGGAGAACCUCUUUAUAAUGCUAUUGUAUGGCUUGACCUGAGAACCCAGUCAACAGUUGAACGGCUUCUUAAAAGAAUUCCAGGAAAGAACAAAGCCUUUUUUAAGUUUAGAACUGGUCUUCCACUUAGCACUUACUUUAGUGCAGUGAAACUUCGAUGGCUUUUGGAUAAUGUAGAAGAGAUUUGGCAAGCAGUUCAUGAUGGAAGAGCUAUGUUUGGGACUAUUGAUUCAUGGCUUAUAUGGUGUUUGACAGGUGGAAAGAAUGGAGGUGUUCACUGUACAGAUGUAACCAAUGCCAGUAGAACAAUGUUGUUCAACAUUCAUUCCUUGGAAUGGGAUCCUGAGCUCUGCGAGUUCUUUGAUAUUCCUAUGGAAAUACUUCCAAAAGUACGAAGCUCCUCUGAGAUUUAUGGCUUGAUGAAAUCUGGAGCUUUGACAGGUGUACCAAUUUCCGGGUGCUUGGGUGACCAGUCUGCUGCUCUCGUUGGGCAAAUGUGUUUUCAAGAUGGGCAGGCAAAAAAUACGUAUGGAACAGGAUGUUUCUUGCUGUGCAAUACAGGUCAGAAGUCGGUAUUUUCUGAGCACGGUCUUCUAACCACAAUAGCUUACAAACUGGGCAGAGACAAACCUGUUUGUUAUGCACUAGAGGGAUCUGUUGCAAUAGCUGGUGCUGUUGUUCGUUGGCUGAGGGACAAUCUAGGUAUUGUUCAGACUUCACAGGAAGUUGAAAAACUGGCUGCCGAAGUUGGGACUUCUUAUGGCUGCUACUUUGUGCCAGCAUUUUCAGGACUGUAUGCACCAUACUGGGAACCCAGUGCAAGGGGUAUUAUCUGUGGCCUUACUCAGUUUACAAAUAAGAACCACAUCGCCUUUGCUGCACUAGAAGCUGUCUGCUUUCAAACACGAGAGAUUUUAGAUGCCAUAAACAAGGACUGUGGGAUACCACUAAGUCAGUUGCAAGUAGAUGGAGGAAUGACUAAUAACAAAAUCCUCAUGCAGCUCCAGUCAGACAUUCUCUGUAUUCCAGUAGUAAAGCCAUCAAUGCCUGAAACAACAGCUCUAGGAGCUGCUAUGGCUGCAGGAGCUGCAGAAGGAGUGGGAAUUUGGAGUCUGAAUCCUGGAGAUUUGACAGCGGUGACUUGUGAACGAUUUGAACCACAGAUCAAUCCAGAGGAAAGUGAAUUUCGCUAUGCCAGAUGGAAGAAAGCUGUGCUGCGAUCUAUGGACUGGGAGACAUCUGAAGCUCCUUCAAAUGGUGACACUAGUAUCUUCUGUAGUCUGCCUUUGGGGUUUUUUAUUAUGAGUAGCAUGAUAAUGUUAAUCGGAGCAAAGUACGUCUCAGGUACUGGUAAAUGAGACUACUUAGUGGACUCUGGAUGCAGCUGAUAUUUUUGUUUCAUUUUGCUUUGUUAUCUGAAGAGAUUCCAUCACCAAUGUGGUUAUACUACUUGAGUGAAUAAUCCGUUCAUGAAUCCAUCUGUUGCCAGUCCGAGUCACCUCCCAGUGGUACACUGAAACUAAAGUCUUCAGCCUUUCGUUACUCUGCUCCCUCCCUGUCAACUCCAUCUGCGCUAGAGGCCUUUGUGUGGACUAUCUCACAUCAUCCUCUAAGUUUUCACAAACCCUAGUUUUGUUUGAGGAGGUUGGUGUAACAAAACCCUGCAACUUCUGAGGUAAUGUCAGACAGAUGUUUAGCUACCCUUUUCAGGGUUUGGGUACUUCAUACAACUAAACAACUGCAGAAAGCUAACGAUGCACUAUAGAACUUUGUAAACAUCUUCCAAUUCUUCUGGCUGCUGUGAAUUAUCUUUCAUAUGUCUAUGGUUGCCAAAGAUGUUUUAUUGUAGUGGCCACUGGUCUGAAACAAUUUCAGUGGUAUAAACCUUUCAAACACUAGCUCAAAAUGUAUUGUCAGUAGCACACAUCACCACUGGUUUGGCAAUUAAGAGGUUGCUGGUACAGGCCACUGAGUACUGCUGAAAUGACCAGUUAAAGUUUUAACAGUUUGAUAAAGUUUAAAAGUUUGGUAAAGCUUACAAGUUCAGUUUGGCUUAUGGAGUGUCUAGUCAGUUUGCUGCAUUUAAGACACUAAGUUCUGUAGCUGUAGCUUUAAAGAGGUAGAAGUACAUAGAUGCUCUUGUGCUUUUGUGUCAGUUUGGAAAGACAAAUUUGAGACAGGAUGCUAUUGACAGGACAGCUUUUUGGUCCUCAGCAACUGAUAACUCUUAAAACUACUUUUCUUGACCAAUACUACGUGUCUUCUGUCGUGCUGCUUAAGGAUGUUUUAGUGACUAUUUGUUAAACUUUUCAAAGUUGAAGCUAAGUUACUUUUCCUUUAAGAGGGUCCACUUUAAAUUAAAUAUCAGUUCUUGAUCUCAUUUAGUAUAUCUCAGGGACCAAAAUCUCCCUUUCAGUUUCCAUGUCCAGAGUUCUAACAGCAAAUUGUCUCAAAAUAUGCUGGGACAACCCAAAACCCUGGCUUGGAAGAGUAAGCACUUGACACCUGAAACAGGCCACUGGAAUUCACAAGCAACGGGUGUGACAGCUGAGUUGCACCCACUUUGAAAUGUUUUGCCCUCCACAAGUAAAGGAGUGAGGCCGUACUCUUAUCUUCAGCUUUCCUGUUGACACCAACAGCAUGACAAAUGCCAGCCUUAUUGGUUAGGUCAGAGGAAAUGUGUUCUCGUGUAGCAUAGUUAGAUCAGUGUAGAAUGGUAGUGAGGCUAAAUGUGGGAACAACACAGAGAAUUUCAAAUGUGCUUUAAUGCACUAGGAGUUAAAGGGAGUGGUUUUUUGUGUAUGUUUGUUCUUAAAUUUUUUGUCCUGAAGAAAACAAUCUCUAAGAAAAGUUUGAUUUUCUUUGUUCAACUAUGGCUAGAGGCUUAGUUUUUAAAAAGAUAUUAAAUAUGUAUGUGUCUGAAGCAACGGAUUGCACAGAAGUUCAGAUCUGUAUAAUUUAUUUAGCAUCAAAUACCUAUUAAUUGCCUUUUUAUUAUGAAGUGCAAUGACCUUUAAAAAUGUGACUUUUAAGAAGUUGGAGAAGGAACAUUUUUUGUCCUGUGGUUGCAGGUAUAAAUUCAACAGAGGGGGAUUUUUGUGCACAGGUAAAAAUAUAACAACAUCAUUCAAAUCCCUUAUCUCCUAUAAAUACUCAAAUGUGAGGUGUGAGUUUUCUGGUUUGUAUUGGAGAGGUGAAGAAAGAGUGCAAACUGAACAUGAACCCACCUUACCCCAAGGAAGAGGAGUAACAGCAGCCUUUGCAACACACAGGGCCAGGGCAGCACACACCUCGAACACUGGACUUCUAAGUGUAACUUCUUGCCAAAAACACUGAAGUAUGGAACCUGGGAACGUGGAAGCAUUGCCUUUGCCGGUGAUAUAUAUGGCAGGGGGAAAGGUAGCACAUAAUAAGCCGGAGGAAGAUUUGUUUUGCUGCUUUUCUGGCUUAGCUUUUACUGGGAAACACAAUUCCUAUUACUUUUUCACUAAGUAAAAUUCAUUAUUUUAUUUUCAAUUAUUAUUGCGAAUAUUUUUUAAGAAUUUCACACCACUGUUAACUUUCUACCAACAUAGUUGAAAUAUAUUGUAAACUGUUUGUUGGGGGGAGGGGACAAACUGUUGAAAGUUAGCUUUUUGUGAAGCUAUGAUUUAUUUUUUUCUAUACAUUAAUGGAUUUAUAAAUUCUUACUUGAGAAAUCUUUAACUUGGCAUUAAAAUACCA